AUGUACCUGGCCUCGUGUCUUUUCUCUCAGACUUUCCACAGCCUUGAAGCAGAAGAUGACUUGUCCCCCGGCUCACACAGCCAACGAGUUCUUGGCUUUCAAAGACGCCAUUCGCUCUGCCCCGUGACUCUGCCCAACUCCAAGUUCAACAGCAGCAGCUCUGAGGUGAUGGAGUCGGCUUUCGGGGGCCUGAACUUCGCCUCCAGCCAGCAGUGGAACCGGGUGCUCCCCCGCUCCUUGCUUAGCCACAUCCCCUUCAGGGUUGACCGCUCGGUCAGUAUGAUCGAGGGACACGCCAGAGAGGACAAGAUGUCAAACGUGUCCCCACCUCCGCUGCUCCUCCCACCUCCAGGCUUGUGCCUCAGCAGCACCUCCCUGGCCUCUGCUGCCUCCCUGACCUCUCCCAAAGCAUCGGCGCCGCCGCCUCACAUCUCCAGCCGGUACAAGACCGAACUCUGCCGCACCUUCGAGGAGAGCGGGACCUGCAAGUACGGCGCCAAGUGCCAGUUCGCCCAUGGCCUGGAUGAGCUGAGGGGCCUCAGCAGACACCCCAAGUACAAGACGGAGCCGUGUCGCACGUUCCACACGAUUGGGUUCUGCCCGUACGGCGCCCGCUGCCACUUCAUCCACAACGCAGACGAGGCGCACACACCCAACGCAGCGGCUCCUCUGAGGCCGAAGCUGAGGCCGCCUCUGCUGCGACACAGCCUGAGCUUUGCAGGUUUCUCCUCCUCCCCCCACACCUUCCAACCUGUAGAGGGGACCUCCUCCCUCUUCUUCACCCGGGCCUCCUCCGUCUCCCCUCCACCUUCUUCCACAGGGACCCCAGAGCUCCUUUCCCCUCUCUUCCCUGAGCCCAGUGUCCUGAAGCACUGCCCCUACACCUUCUCAGGCCUCAGUGAGCGGGACGGCAGCGAUGCAGCUCCACGGUUCUACGCCGCCACCGACUCCAAGUGGUCAACGCCCAAGUUCGCCUCCAAAAAGCCGAACCUUUCGGUGCACCUCCCUCAGCAGCCCCCGGCGUCUCUGAACGGCUGCUCCGGCCUUCAGCGGUGCUCCUCGGCCGACUCCCUGUGCGAGGAGGGCUACACGUCCUCCUGCUCCCUCAGCUCGUCCUCCAGCAGGACGGAGUCGCCGAGUUUCGAGGGCCGACGCCUGCCCAUCUUCAGCCGCCUUUCCGUUACGGACGAGUAGAGGAGGGUUUUACUUUAGGGCUGAGUUCACUCAGGGAUAGGUGCUCCGUUUGACCCGUGUGCGUCUGAACGUUCCUGUACGUCGACGCCACGAGGAUUGAAACGGCUUCUCACUUCCUUCCAUGAUCCAGCCGAGUAAACG